CAGCUCUCUCAGACUUUGAUUUGUUUACGUCAAAAUUUUGAUUUUCUCAUAAAAAUUUGAAAGUGGAGAGUUUUAAAAACCAAAAACAUAACGGCAAACGCGAUAAAAUAAUAAUUAAAAAAAAAAAUCAAAGAAAAAAAAAACAAACAAAAAAAAAGGGGAAAAAAAGUUUAUAAAAUUUGAAGAAAAUGAACGGAACGGUUAAUGAGGAAGAGGGCAUCUACAAGGUGAGCCAUUUCUGGACAUGUGCCGAGCUGCUGCCAGCGCUGCCCCAUGUGAUAAAGCUGCGCGAGAUCUUUCAAUUGUUUGUGCGGCCGCUGGGCAGCAAUGCGCUGGACAUACUGAAGGUAUCCGAAUGCCUGCGCGCAAUGGGCGUCCACUUCAAGGAGUCCAAGUUGAAGGCGUGUCUGGUGCAGCGCCUGCUACAGUUUCCACGUGUGAAGCCGCCGACGCGCGUCAGCUUUGAGCUGGUGCUGAGCAUCUACUGUGAGCUGGCCAAGCUGGACAAUAUGCCCAGUGCGGCGAUGAUGAUCAAUGGAUUGCGCUGCUGUGAUCUGAACGGGACGGGCAAGCUGCCGUAUGAACAAUUGCGACGAAUGCUGACAACGGUGGGCGAACGGCUGAACGAGUCGGAGGCAUCCGCACUGCUGGACACCAUGAAGGAUGACAGCGGCAAUGUCAACUAUGUGGCGCUGAUGGAGAAUCUGUUCUGCACGGACGGCGAGGCCGCCGCCAAGCUGCAACAGUCGAGCAUUUAUCUGGAGGCGCUCGGCAAGAAUGCCUGCCACAUGGACAUGCAGAAACGGGACGCAUUUAUCAAGGCGCUGCGCAGUCUGGAUUUUACCAAUACCGGCUACGUUUCGCCCGAACGGAUGCUGGACCUGCUCAACCGCACCGGAGACAGCUUCAGCAGCGCCGAGCUUGUCACACUUACGCGCGGCAUGACGAACUCCAAGAAGCAAAUCGAUUAUCGCCGUUUUCUGCGCCUCAUCAUGAACGAGUGAAUGUUUAAUUUUUAUUUGGCCGACUAUUAGAUGCGUGUACUAGAAAUCGAUUUGGCAAACCCAUUAUUUGUAAUCAGUUAAAUUCAAGGCAAAAUGUACAGUCCAAAUUCUCUGCAGCGAAAGCGCCAAUAAGGUGUCCACGCAAAGCUUCGGUUUUGCCCCAAAUUCGUAAAUUAAAGAGAAUACUGUAAUAUUUCCUUGA